CACAGAGAACAAAAGCAAAGCAACGUCUUUGAUGUCCACAUAUUAUUUUUGAAAUUUCCUGUUUGUUCCCUUGUUCUCUUCCUCUCUUCGUUUAAACCGAAGGGUUUGUUUCAAUUUCUUCCUGCGUCUACGAUUUUCUCAGCAAGCUCUCGCCUUGUCGUAGAAGAAGAAGAAAAGUCCAUGUCUUUCAGAGGACUUAGCAGGCCCAAUGCAUCGUCUGGAAUGGGCGUUGCAGACAACAGCAAGUCCAUAUUCCGUGAGCUGCAGAGGAAGAAAGUCCACCGGUACGUCGUCUUUAAGAUUGAUGAGAACAAAAAGGAGGUGGUGGUGGAAAAAACCGGCAGCCCUGCUGAGAACUACGACGAUUUCCUUGCUUCUUUGCCCGAGAACGACUGCAGAUACGCUGUUUAUGACUACGAUUUCGUUACCCCCGAGAAUUGCCAGAAGAGCAAGAUCUUCUUCGUCGCUUGGUCUCCCUCGACGUCUCGGAUAAGGGCAAAGAUGCUAUACGCAACCUCGAAGGACAGGUUCAGGCGGGAGCUGGAGGGCAUUCACUACGAGAUCCAAGCCACCGACCCUACAGAAGUCGACCUCGACGUGCUACGCGAGCGAGCAAACUGAGCCGAGAGCUCUUGGCAAGAGCAAAACGAUAUCUAGUAACGGACGAAUGUAAUGAAUAAUCAAUCAUUGGACAACGUGGGAUGUGUUGGGAGUUGAAUCAGUGCUUAUGUUCCAUUUCUGUUCAUUCCAUACUGUUAAUAAAUUGUGGCAAAUGGCAAUCGUAUUUACGUAUAUUUUGA